CCCCGGCCCCGGGCUGGCCCCGGCAAAGAGGCCCCGGCCCCCGCUCCGGCCCCCGGCCCCGCCGAGGACGACCUGCUGGGGCAGCUCAUCCGAGACCUGAAUGAAAUAAAUGAGAUUCCUUUCUUUGAUGUCCAGCUGCCUUAUGAACUAGCAUUAAAAAUAUUUCAGUACCUGGGUAGAAUUGAGCUGGGAAGAUGCGCUCAGGUGAGCAGAACCUGGAAGGUGCUUGCAGAAGAUGAAGUGCUGUGGUAUAGGUUGUGCCAACAGGAAGGAUACCGGCUUGAUAACAGCAUCUCUGAUGGUUCCUGCUGGAAGCUUGCGCUUAAAGAUUGUCGGGCCAAAGAACACACUUUAAGAACAAACUGGAAGAACCGUGUUGGAGCUGUGAGCCAGCUGCAGUAUGAAUUGGGCAAAGUUCUGUGCAGCGUACAUUCUUGUGAUGGCGUUGUAAUUUCAGGAUAUACAUCAGGGGAUGUGAGGUUGUGGGACACUCGCACCUGGGACUACACAGCCCCCAUCCUGGAAUCAAUGCAUGGCGCUGCUGAACCUGGACCACAGCCAUAUGUCUCCUUUGUGAGGAUAAACAGCUCUCUGGCUGUAGCAGCUUAUGAGGAUGGGACUAUUAAUGUUUGGAGCCUGAUGAUAGGGCGUGAGCCUAUCCAUCGUUACCAGCACAAUCAAAGGUUACAGGCUUUGGCCCUUAGCUUGGAAGGAGCAGCCAUAGCUUCUGCAUCUGGUUUCCAGGUCAAGGUGGAAAGCUCUGAUGACAGGGGAUACUGGCAAACCACUGCAGAGUUUGAAAUCCAGAAAUUGGUCAACUUCCUCCAGUUGGUUCCAGGUGUUAUUGGGAGUCCAGUGACCGUAGCAGCUGCUGAAGAUGUUGUCUAUCUCCUGAAAGCAGAACAGCCAGGAAAAAUUCUUCAUUCAGUGUAUGGUCAGCCUGUCACGUGUCUCGAUGUGUCUGCCAAUGAGGCAGCCUUUGGAGUCAAAGGCUUUGGCUGGUUAUUAAAUGAGACCAACAAGAUACUUCUCUACAACCUGGAAACGAGUCAGUGUGUAACACAGCUAGGCAGCUCCUUGGGUGAUUUCACAUGUGUCAACCUCCAGGAUAGCCCUCCAUACAUGCUUAUCACUGGCAACAAAGAUAGGAGGGUCAGGGUGUACGACCUCCGCCAAAGCCAGUCCUUGUGCUCCCUCUAUGCUCACCACUUAGGAGUGUCUGUGGUGCAGAUGGACGACUGGAAGAUUGUUAGCGGAGGAGAGGAGGGCCUAGUCUGUGUGUGGGACCAGCGGAUGGGCGCCAAGCUAUGGGAGAUUCACGCCAGGCACCCAGUCCGGUAUAUUUGGUUCAACUCUCACAGUCUCAUCACAGCAAACAUCCCAGAUGAGAAGAACCCCCGAGGUGCCAGCAUCAUGGAUGACGACCUGACAGCUCACCGCAGGCAUCGUGGAAUCAUCUAUGCGUAUGAAUUCUCAGUGGACCAGUUGGCAGUAGAAAGCGUCCUUCCUAUCUGCCGCUCUUCCUACGAUGAAGCGAUUGGUUACAACUACAACAUUGGCCUUUCAGUCCCUUAUGACAGCAUUUAGGUAACCUUGGAAUGGUUCCUCUUGGUCUGUGGUCCAGUUCACAUGGUGCAGAAAAGGAAUAAUUGGAGUCACAGGGAGUGAUUUGCAGAGGACUGCAUUGACUUAAGGUAUAUUUAUUGGGCUGGGCUCAUGCUGAAAACUGGAGGCACAUGCAGGAGUUGAAUAAUAUGCCCCAAAACAUAUUAUUAAAAUAUGUUGCUAUGCAAAUAACCCAGAAUGGCCUUUGGAGCCUUUGCUAUGGAUGACACAGAUUGAAGAAUGAAUGAGAGACAGGCUAAUAGUCCAUUUCCACAGCAUGUGGAAAGACAGUGCACCAUGGUGUGGGGAAACAAGAACCUGGAGUGGGAAAGAGAAAGAAAACUGUUGUGUUGAAGACAGGAAAAGGAGCACACAGAGAAGCCCAAGCCCCUGCCAAUGUUCGGCCAUUCUGAGAGGAACU